GAGCCAGAUCGUUAUCAUUCGCGAAACAGAUUCCACCGGAACCACAGCAGACCGCAUGUACUAUACGUCGCAGAGCUGGCGGUCAACCAGUGCCAGUCCAUCGUGUCCGUUUGCGCGAUCAGCAAGACUAGUAGGGGGGGGCUUGCUAGGGAACUAGAGUAGGCUGAUGGUCACCGAACGUCAACCGAACGUGGCAAUAACCGUGAUAGUAUCCGAGUAGUGUUUCACAUUGUGAGCGGUGCCGCGUGUCGAGUGUCUUCUAACCGUUGUCGGCCAAAAUGUAGCACCAUGAAGCUGCGACAGUGCAUUCUUGAUAUCGCUGUCAUCCUGAUAACGAUUCACUCGCUGGUCGUCAUCGCGCUGCUCAUGGACUACAUCAUGGGCCACGCGGGAUGGUCGGAACAGCUGGACACGCAGAUCAUUAUGGCCGCCCUGUCGGUGUCCUUCUUUCUGAUCUGCAUCCUAACGUCCGCCUACCUGACGCACCGUGUCGGCAACUGUCUGUGGGUCGGUCCGCUGAGCGAUCAACCGUCGAUCGACACGAUGGAGCACGGUUCCGAUCCGCGCACCAUCGCACCACCACCGUCGUACGAGACCGUCAUGGGUCACCAUGCACCACCGAUCGCGAUCGUUCAGCCACCGUCCUACGAGAAGAUCAGCAAACUCAUACCUCAUCCACCUCCGCUAGAGGAAGAACCGCCACCAUCGUACGACGCCACGAUAGCAGCACUCGAUGCGUCAACACAUAUCUAACCCCUAACGGACCCGGACGGGCGUUUCCUUACGUGCCAUAUAUACCAAGUAGCUAGUCACGGAAUGGCCCCGGAUGGACGGCCACCCCAUCUAUAGGUCGCUGUCGUUGUUAUUGUUGUUGUUGUUGUUGUUGUUGUCGUGCCGUUGAUGUGGUUCGGAAUGAAGGCCAAAUAAACAACCUCUGUAUGAACAGCGCAA